CGUCGUUCAUGAAUAAGAAAAUUAUAAAUCUACAAGUAAAUGGAUAACAGAAGAAAGUUAUUUCUAUUGAUAAUACUUAUUUUUAUUAAUAUAUUUUUAUUGCACAAAUAUAUAACAAGUAGUCUCCGAAAGACUAAUCAGUCUGAUGUAGACUUACCUUCAGCAGAAAACAUAGUUGCGAAAAAAAACUCCAUAUAUUUUCACGAAACAUCAUCGAGGGGACAGUUAACAGUGCGUCAAGCUUGUUGCAUAGAAUCUUGCGCAAGAACGAAUCGAAAGUUUCAAACCAAUGUUAUAUUUUCAUCGAGAUUCGAAUCUGAUUUUGGGAUUAAUAAAUUGUUAAGUCAGAUAGGAAAUAUCAAAUUCUUUACAGUUGACAUUGCUAAUUACGUAAAAGGAACACCUAUAGAAAAUUUUGAUACAAGUAUUCUUCAGAAAUCUAAAUGGCCGAUGCAUGUAACCUCAGAUGCACUGAGGUUUCUAACUUUGUAUAAAUUGGGAGGGAUAUAUUUAGAUUUGGAUGUAAUGGUGAUCAGACCUUUAGAGUUUCUUGGGAGAAAUUGGGCCGCAAUCGAAGAUGCAAUUCAAGUCGGCUCAAGUGCUAUAGCUUUUGCAACUGACACUGUAGGAAGAUAUGUUGCGGAACAAGCGAUUAUAAAUUUUGUUGAUGAAUUUAAUCUAACUGAUUAUGUAAAUAAUGGCCCAGGAGUAAUCACCAGAGUUCUGAACGAGCUAUGCGAGACAGAUCUUCCAGAACCUGGUUCAUGUCUAGGCUUCAAAAUUUACCCCCGAGGUACGUUUUCACCAAUACCAUAUCACAGAGCUGCAAAAUAUUUCCAAGCAUUCGUCAUAAGCGAGCUCAAAUCACGAAACAUAUUUGGAUACCACAUGUUUAAUUAUGUAUCUAAGAAUAUCAGAAUUGAAGAACACUCUUUUUAUGCUAAUUUGGCUAAGGAAUAUUGCCCGACGAUUUAUAACGAAUUUAGUCAUGAGUUCUCAUAUCAUAAAUUGUAGGUAAAUAAAGGAAAAACUUUUAAUUAAUCACUUUAAAAUAAUAUUUUUAGCAAGUGUGCUUAUUCAUUUAAUAUUUAUUCAAAUUCAAAAUAUUUCAGACUAGCUUUAGCCUGCGGCUUCGUCCGCGUGAAUAUCUCUGCGAAAGCGGAACAGACAGGAUUUUCAUACAAACUUUGACCCCCCCUACUAUAGUCAUUAGGGAGUUGACUUUUGAAAAAAAAGUAGCAUAUGUUUGAACGGUGGUCUUUAACUAUAUGCAUACCAAAUUUCAUCAAAAUCGGUCCAGCGGUUUCGCCGUUAAAGCGGAACAGAUAGACUUUUUUACAAUAUUAGUAUGGAUUGAUGUUAGUGACGAUGUUAACUUAAACUAGUGUUAGUAAAAUAAUUUGUACACAAAGUUUUAGUUAGAAGUACGAAGAGGGACAAUUGCUACCUUUAUCCCUAAAAAAUAUUGCUCUCGUGUGAAAUUUAUGCGGGCAAAGCCACAGGCAAUAAAUAUGUUAUAUUUAAUUAGAACAAUUAAAAGCACACGCUUCUCGGAAUGUGAUUUAUCUGUGAUGUGAUGUUACGUCAUGUUAAUACGAACUAAUGCAAUAACCAGAAAACGGGCUCAUAUUUGUCAAAGACGUCACGGAGAGACGUGAUUUAUAUAUUCGUAUUAACUCGAUUAGAAGCCAACAUGGAUUAAUUACUGGAUUCAAACUUAAAUUUUGACAUAAAUCCUAAUGUGAAGGAUCAAAAUUCAAUUCGGAAAUUAUUAUUAUUAUUAUGAUUUAUUCUUUCAAUUUUACAUAUGUUUUAUAUAUGUAUGAUUAGCUGCGCCCCGCAGCUUCGCUCCCCUUGGGAUUUUUUUUCGUCUCCACUUCGCACGGUCGUCAGCCAAUUUUGAUGUAAUUUGAUGUAAUUUGGAAUAGUUACAAUUAAUGACCUACCAUAAGCAGAGCUGCGGAUAACAUCUAGUAUAGUAAAGAUCAGUUAAUUAAUAAAUAAGAAGUGGCCUGAAGGGAAAACUUACGGGAUGAAAUAUUCAACAGUAGUUUUACGAUCCCCUAGCCAGGGACUGAAAUAUAAAUAUAGGACUCUAGGGGUUUAAUAUAAAAGAGUUUAAAAGCGAGCAAUUAAUAUCCUUUUAGUACUAAAAUUGUAAGGAAGAAUUUUCAUUAUUCCAACGACGAACUAUAUUCAGUUAUGUAUGUUUCUUCGACAAAACGUUUUGUUUUUGAGAUUCAUUCAUGUCAUUAAUGAACUUUUAUAUACCGCGGGCGGAUUCACAGGCCUCAGCGCUAGUUGACAAUAAACACAAAUAG